GAAAACACUCUUCAGUUUUGAAUUGAACACAACGCGAAACGUUCGAGUUACAUUGAGUGUCAACUGUCACUUGACAUCUUGCUUUACAACUACUACGUGCAUUUAUACUUAAUUAAAAAAAAAAGAAUAAUGUCGCUUUUGCCAUACUUGUUCGACGACUUUCCGGUCUCUCGGCCGCGCCGUCUCAUGGACCAGCACUUUGGUUUGGGAAUAACACCUGAUGAUCUGCUAACUAUUGCCGCCGGACCUUUGCUUACCAGGGAAUAUUACCGACCAUGGCGCCAUCUUGCUGCUGCAACGCGAGACAUCGGUUCUAACAUCAAAUCCGACUCGGACAAGAUCCAGAUUAACUUGGAUGUCCAGCAUUUCGCGCCAGAAGAAAUCUCUGUAAAAACCGUUGACGGAUUCAUUGUGGUUGAAGGAAAGCAUGAAGAGAAAAAAGACCAGCACGGUUACGUAUCCCGUCAGUUCGUGAGAAGAUACGCUCUCCCGGAGGGCACAUUACCAGAGACUGUGGAAUCGAAGCUGUCUUCGGAUGGCGUGUUGACGAUAACAGCUCCGAAAAAGGUUCCAGAAGCAAUCAAGGGAGAGCGCAAGGUUCCCAUCGCACAAACUGGACCCGUCAGAAAAGAGAUAAAAGAUCAGAGCGAAGGAACCAAUGAGAAGCCUCAGUGAAGUGUAACUAAAAGUAUUCCAAAGAUAGGCAGUGCCAUAAGACUGAUGUUUUUUUUUUUUAAUUUUAUGUGAAAAUUUUUCAAUAAAAAACUUUUAUUUAA